CCGUAAACAAUGUUCCAAUAAUCAACAGUGUACUUAUUUUUUUUUUUUUUGUGAAAACAAAUUUAUUUUAAAACAUCACGUCUGUAAAAGUGUAACGUAUCUACUCCACAUUCAACAUGGCUACUAAGUUUAUAAUCUUUGUCGCUUUGUUCGGACACUUGGCCUUUGCUUAUCCGCCCAUCGAGUACAAUAGUUACGAUGCCGACCACUACGAUCACGCACCUAAGCCGUAUCAUUUCGAGUACGGUGUAAAAGACCUUCACACUCACGACAUCAAGAGUCAACACGAAGUUAGUGACGGUCACGGCAACGUCAAAGGAUCGUACAGUCUCGUAGAACCCGACGGUUCCACCCGCGUGGUCGAGUACACUGCUGACCACGAACACGGUUUCAACGCCGUUGUCAAGAAGAUCGACGCACCCCACCACCACGGCGAGUACUCCGAUACCGCCGACUACCAUCACCACGAAUCACUUCAACCGUCAUACGAUCAUUCGUCGUACAAGUUUUAUUGAACUUUAUAAAAUUUGCCAAUUAUACAAAAAAAUGUGUUAUCAAACCGUCGUGUAGUCGAUGCUACAGAUUAUUUGUUUUGCAUGUCAUGUAAUUUUUUUUAUUUUUUACGAAUAAAACAUUAACCAUUGUUACUAUAAAA